UUGAGUGCUCCAAGGUUACAAUCCUCCCGGGAGCCUCGCGACCUCUCUUCUCAUUCUCCACUAAUCGGGUACACGCUCUGAACUGCACGCGAUCCACGACCCACCUAUCUCAAUAACAUUAUAACUAUGGCUAGACAUACGUCGCUGGAGUCCGAAAGACCCAUCAUGGCCCAGUCGGCCCGUACAUCCAAGCGGUUCUCGACUGUCAGUGAAGCCCCCUCGGUUGCCUCGUCAGAAGGUACCUUCGCGGGUCUGCCUGCUGGAGACCCCAGACUGGCCGACUUCCAUAACCUCCGUGACGGCUUAGAGCGCCUGGAAAACAAGCCUCUUUUGAAGCAACGUUUCGUUCCCACCCCAGAGAAAAGCGACAACCUGAGCAAGUUGGCUUUGGGCGCAAAGGUGGAGCGCGCCCUUGGACGCAGAAUGACCAGCCAGGACGCUGUCAUGCGGGAACCUGUGUUGAACGAAAAGGCUGUGGUGGAGGCCCCGUAAAUCGCCGCCCACGUUUCUUGAGAUGUUGACCGAGAGCUGUAUUCGAUACCUUUGUGGAUUUUUGCUCCCUCCCCCUUGGCCAUCUGGGCCACGGUUGUUUUAAUGUUGCAUGUUCCCCGGCUCGUCAGAUUUCCCUGCGGCGGGUUCUAUGACCGAGUUCGAUACCCGUCUUGAUGAGAAGCUUAUCUUUACCUGUCUAUCAUACCCCCUCUUUGAGCCAGCUAC